UUGCCAGACAUUUUUCGACUCGUGGUCUGAUGCCUCCGGGUUCCCGUCACCCCCCAAGUUCACCACGCUGCCAAAAGUCGACCUACAGGAUUCGGUCUCUCCCCGCGUCUCUCCGUCGGCCACCUCUUUCUUCUGAUCAGGAGACAGAAAGCGAGGGAGGGGGAGAGAGUGAGAGAGAGGAGAGAAAUCUGGAGGCUUCGAAUGAGAGAUCGGAGCGAUUUCUAGGGUUUUGGGGGAGUUCCAGAGAGAAAUCAUUGAAUUAGGCCUUGUUCUCGGGUCUAAUUUCGUCGGAUUAGGUUUCAGAAGGCGAUUGAGCGGUGGAAUUCGUUGGAUUUUGGGGCGUGGAUGAGCGAUCUCCGGCGUUGGCCGUGAGAUGGCAUCUUCGGAGGUGACCAGGGGGAACGGAAGUAAUGGAAGGGGGGAGAGCUUCUCCUCCGUGUGCAGCGAGUCCGGCGCCGCCGCCGCCGCCGCCGCCGCGAGGACCGUGGCCUCCGCUGCUUCUGCCGCUGCCGCCGCCGGGAGAGAUGCGGAGAACGCGCUUUAUACUGAGCUCUGGCUCGCGUGUGCUGGGCCGCUGGUGACGAUUCCUCGCGAGGGGGAGAGGGUCUUCUAUUUCCCCCAAGGUCAUAUAGAGCAGGUGGAGGCUUCUACAAAUCAGUUGGCCGACAAGAAGAUGAAAAUCUAUGACCUGCCGCCCAAAAUCCUUUGCCGAGUGAUCAACGUCCAGCUGAAGGCUGAGCCAGAGACGGAUGAGGUCUUUGCUCAGGUGACGCUGUUCCCCGAGGCAAAUCAAGAUGAGACCGCAGUGGAGAAGGAGACUUUGCCACCUCCACCACCUAGGCCUCAUGUGCACUCUUUCUGCAAGACUUUGACUGCAUCUGACACGAGCACCCAUGGCGGGUUCUCUGUGUUAAGGAGGCAUGCCGACGAAUGCCUUCCUCCAUUGGAUAUGCGCUUGCAACCUCCAACACAGGAGCUGGUGGCGAAGGAUUUGCAUGGGGUUGAAUGGCGCUUCCGCCACAUCUUUCGUGGUCAACCAAGAAGACAUCUGCUUCAGAGUGGAUGGAGUGUCUUUGUUAGUUCCAAAAGGCUCGUUGCUGGGGAUGCUUUUAUCUUUCUAAGGGGAGAACAUGGUGAACUACGUGUUGGGGUGAGGCGGGCUAUGAGACAACAAGCAAAUGUUCCAUCUUCAGUCAUAUCUAGCCACAGUAUGCACCUUGGUGUCCUUGCUACAGCAUGGCAUGCUGUAACAACUGGAACAAUGUUCACUGUUUACUACAAACCAAGGACAAGCCCAUCUGAAUUCAUUGUUCCUUAUGAUCAAUACAUGGAAUCUCUCAAGAACAACUAUUCUAUAGGGAUGAGAUUCAAGAUGAGGUUUGAAGGUGAAGAGGCCCCAGAGCAGAGAUUUACUGGCACUAUAGUUGGCACAGAUGAUGUUGACUCCAACAGCUGGCCUGGGUCAAAAUGGAGAUGCCUCAAGGUGCGGUGGGAUGAGACCUCAUUUGUUCCUCGUCCAGAGAGAGUUUCUCCUUGGAACAUAGAACCUGCCCUGGCCCCUCCAUUGAACCCCCUUCCAACACCUAGGACAAAGAGGCCUCGACCAAAUGCCAUGCCCUCCUCACCUGAUUCAUCUGUUCUUACAAAAGAAGGUGCAAUCAAAGUCACUGCAGAUGCUUCCCAAGUUCAUGGAGUUCCAAGGGUCUUGCAAGGCCAAGAAAACAUGACCUUGAGAAGCAACUUAAGUGACAGUAAUGAUUCAGACACUGUUCAGAAGCCCCUCAUGUGGCGUUCAUCUCUUGAUGAAGACAAAAAUGAUGAUUCUUGUCAGAGAAGGUUGGGUUCAGACAACUGGAUGCAAAUUAAUAGGCAUGAAGCUGCCUACAAGGACAUGCUAUCUGGAUUUCGACCUUUUGGCAACAUGCAUGGAUUUGGCAAACAUUUUAUUGAACAAAUUUCAACUGCUACAAAUCCUUUGAAGAACCAUUUUCAAGACCAGGAAGGCAGUAUUAACUUGUGUUUGGACCAGUAUUCUUUGAUGCCUUCAAACUCUCCCUUCAAUAUGGAGUCAACACUUAGAAUGUCUACACAUGCUGCUGAGUCACCUUAUCAGAAAGUUCGAAAUGUUACAUAUGGUGAGUUGGAAGAUUAUUCUCUAGUGCAAGGUCAUAGGGUCGAACAAAAUCCUCCAAAUUGGCCAGCUCAUCGACAGUCAACUUCACAAAGUCAAAACUUUUCGCAUCAAAGGGUCGUAAAACCUCAACCUUUGGUAGCAGCCCAGAAUGAGGGAACAAGAACUAAAGAAAGUGGCAAUUGCAAGCUCUUUGGUUUUCAUCUCAACAGCAGUCCUGCUCCAUCUGACCAUGUAAUGAGAUCUGAACAUUUAAAGCCACAGCUGAAUGCCACCAAUGACGUAGUGUCACAUACUCAACCUACAGUAGCACAGAACCAAUCACAGGCUUUCGAAGGUGACCAUCAUUCUAAGUUGCCCAAUGGUACAAAAUCAGUCACCACCGCUCCAGCAGCAACUGAGCGUGAGAUGCAUCAUCAGCAUUGCCCACAGACUCCUAAAGAAGUUCAGAGCAAGCUUCAGGGCAGCUCAAGUAGGAGCUGCACAAAGGUCCACAAACAAGGAAUUGCACUUGGAAGGUCUGUGGACCUUACAAAGUUCAAUUGCUAUGAUGAAUUGAUUGCAGAGUUAGAUCAGAUGUUCGAAUUUCAUGGAGAAUUGAUGGCUCCAAACAAAAAUUGGCUGAUUGUAUAUACUGAUGAUGAGGGUGAUAUGAUGCUUGUAGGAGAUGACCCUUGGCUAGAAUUCUGUAGUAUGGUCCGCAAGAUUUAUAUAUACACAAGAGAGGAGGUUCAGAAGAUGAAUCCAGGAACCCUGAACCCAAGAGCUGAAGGGAUUGCAAUUGUUAUGGGAGGAAAUACAGCUGCAAAAGAAAAAAAGGGCCCUUUGCCUACAACACCUAACCCAGAGAACUGAUACAGCUACCUCCUAGAAUUGGUAGGGUUUUUGAAACAGAGGUCAGGGAAAGAGAAGGAUUCAUGUAAAGCUUCUUCUUUGGUGGGGUCUAGCUGAAUCACUUUUAUGUCGCCAGUAACCCUAUCUUAUAUUAGGCUAGGAGCCUUCCUUUAUCUAAUAUAUAGUUUUGAAUGUGUUGUAAUUUCUGCUUCAGAGAUUUGUCUGUAUGUUUUCUUCUUACCUCAUACUGUUCAAAAAGAUAAAGUGGCCACCCUUCUUUCCUGAUCUGCCUUGUAAAUAUCUCCUUUAACUUGUCUCAUUGUUAAUUUUAUUCUGCCGACCUAAUAGUUCCGUGUCCUUGAUUCAGACUGCAGAUAUCUUGUUACGCGCACCUUAUGUAUCUCUUUUCUAUUAACACUUGCCUCAUAAUUCAAAAAUUUAGUAGUGAUG